AUGGCACCCUCAUUGGAAGAGCCUGUGGUCACCGAGCCAACGGCCUUUACCAUCCCAAUCCUGAAGAAGAACCUCGCCGCCAGUGGCGACAACAAGUUCGGAUACCAGCCGGGCCGGACACCAGUCACUCAACACGACGACUAUGCCCACAAUGACUUCUUGCCUAGUUUCCCAGACAUUCACUGGGCUCCGCUUGAACUCACAGAAUACAAUGACAAGGGCCUGCGAGGAGACGCCAAAUUCCGGAAUCUGCUGAGAGACGCCACAGCUGUCUUUGAUCACAACCCGAAAAUUGGAACUGAAAUCCAGGGCGUGGACCUCUCCACACUCGACGAUGCCCAGAAGGAUGACCUUGCCCGGUUGAUUGCCUACCGCGGUGUCGUCUUCUUCCGUUCUCAGAAAAACUUCGAUGUUGAUGCCCAGCGGGACUUGGGAAGAUACUGGGGAAAGUUGCACAAGCAUGCUACCACAUCAGUGCCUCGCAAAGCGGGUCUUGAGGAUGUUCAUGUCGUUUACACUGGCGAUAACUCACCCGACAAUCGUGCCCUCUUCACACCCAGCUUCUUGUGGCACUCGGACGUGACCUAUGAGCUCCAGCCACCAUCUUACACAUCCCUCAAGCUUCUCAGUGGUCCACCCCGAGGAGGCGGUGGCGACACCCUGUGGUCGUCCCAAUACGCCGCAUAUGACGUCCUUUCCUCUCACAUGCAAACCUAUCUGAAGGGCCUGACAGCAGCCCACUCAGCAGACAUGCAAGCCAAUGACUCUCGGGCACUGGGCCGUCCCGUUCGCCGCGAUCCCGUUACCACGGUGCACCCUCUCAUCCGCACAAACCCUGUCACGGGCUGGAACGGUCUCUUCUUCAACCCCGGCUUCGUCAGGAAGAUCAUUGGUAUUCCGGCCGCGGAAAGCGACGCCAUCAUCCGCUAUCUGACCGAUGUGAUUGCCACCACACAGGAAAUGCACGCUCGCUUCUCAUGGGGCGCGGAUGAUGUUGCGCUCUGGGACAACCGGUCCACCAACCACAGUGCCUCUUAUGGCUUCACACCGCACCGUCGUCACGCCAUUCGCGUGGCUGUUCAAGCCGAGAAGCCUGUGCUGGAGGAUACCGGAAGAUCUCAAGAAGACGAGUUGAAUGCCUUGUAUGGACUGCCGGCGGUCAACAAGGAUGGAUCUCGCCAGUCUAAUUACAACGACUGA